CAGAGGCUUUAAAAGCAGCCUGCAGGCUCGUCCGACAGCGGCAGUCGUCAAGUGACACGCAACAAAUGGGCCAUUAGAGCUACCUGAAGUCUUCUACCUUUCCUGCAGCCAUCCGAACCUUCCAGCCGCCCUGGAGGCAACUGCUUCCCCAUUUUAACCUAAAAGGUCAGCAUUUUACAUCUGUGAGCGGUUUUCCACCUAAGGUCGGAGAAAAUGGCAGCAAUUCCAUCAAGUGGCUCCCUCAUCGCCACCCAUGAUUACUACAGACGUCGCAUCGGGUCUACCUCCAGCAACAGCUCGUGUAGCAGCGCUGAAUACUCAGGCGAGGUCAUCCCGCACCCCCCAGGACUUCCAAGACAAGACUCUGGUCACUGGUGGACCUCUUUUUUCUUUGCAAAACCCGGAGCUGAAAACCAAAAAAAUGGGAGCUACACAGUGGCCAGUGGUCAGGUGACCUGCAUCGCCAGGGAAAUGCUUCUGAAGCCCCAACUCGGUGAAAACGGCGACAUUGGAAAGUUUGAGGCCUCUACCCCACCGCCUGCGUCCUCCUAGAGGCACCUCUCCCUCCUCUUUGCCACCAACUUGCCAUCGGAGUCCAGAUGGAGAUGAUGGUGGUGAUUAAAGAUUGCAUUUUCACUAAAUAGUUAGAUUAUUUUUUACUGUAUAGAUUAUUUCUACGACGACCAAAUACAACUUGAGUGUUUUUCAUGUAUUUCAUUUUGAUUUGUUGAAAAUAAAAAAUAGAAAUAAAAUGAUUGAUCUUCA